AUUCCUCGUUGUGUGCAGAAUUAAUUUGUUACUGCUGCACUAUUCGAGUUUGAAUUGGGCAGGUUCGCCCAGAGGGAGUUUCCGGAGGACAAAAAAGUGCAGGAGAGCAAACCGAGUCAUGCUUCCGAAUUCGAGGGAUUCCUCCACAAGUGGUAUUACCGGCGUGGAGGGUAACCCCUUGGCUGGAGGGAGGAGGUCGAACACGAGGAGAGGAUCUGAUCGCCUGGAACGCCCGAGCGUGUCGUGAGUAAACCCAGUUUCUCACCCAUUCGUUUGCUCUCUCUCUCUCCAAGACAUGCAAUGCUCACGCGAGACGCGACAGAACCGAGAUGAACAAGGUGAACACUACCGCCCAAACUUUUAUAGGUGGAAGAAGGACAAAGGGUUGGAUGAGUGGGGGUGGUUCUGAUGCCGGGAUUUCCGUGAGAUCCCCGGCCCGAACUGCGUGGUCGGUACCAGGCUCACGGGUGAACAAACAGCUGAGCAGAGCUUCGUCGAUAGAUUCUGGUAGUGUUGGUGUCGUUCACCAGGUUGGUCGAUCAAUACCACUUCUUGCCACUGUAGGGCCUGGUGAAGCCUCACCUCCCCCGACUGCUUCAAACUCCCCGGACCUACUCAGUUCAGAAUUGCCCCCUGGAACAACGCGGUCUUUGCAUAACGUUGAGGCUGUUCUGCCGUCGCCCGCCCCCAGCGACACCCAAUCUGUUACGGAUAGGAGGGAUACGGAGGAUAUUAAUGUGGCCGCUGUGGCUGCUCGGAGCACCCCAUCAGGUUCUCCUAUGCCUGUGGCCAUUGAGCGCCAAGGUCAAUGUGCGGAGGCAAUAGGAAUAGACGUUUCAUCCGAAGGGUCUGGCGAAAAUGGCGGAGUGGCAAGGCCGAGUGAAUCAUCGAGCCGCCAGGAACAGCAGCAAACAGGACGGCCGGGAGUGCCACGAUCUGCUUCCGAUGGCCAGUUAGCGGGGACAAAGAGAAGUUCGCCAUCGGGCGGUUUAGAUUCUGAACAAGCCCAAAAGCGAUUGAGACAUCACACUCUCCAUUUCCAGUCACCCCCGGAUAACCCGCGGCCAGUCUCAGCAUUUACGCAGACACCGGGUCCAGCGGUGGCUGAGCAAACACAGCGGACACCAGCCCCCGCUCGGAGUUACACGCAGCCUAAUAUGCCAUCCCCCCGACUUCCCCAAUCGCUUACCCCGACGGUUCCUUCGGCCGGACAAACCAUGGCCCAAAGCCACAACCCCGUAGCACCACACCCGGCGAGCCAUGGCGGCAAUCCUUCGCUUCCCCUCACAUAUUCCACAUCUUGGGGUGCCGAUGCGAGCUCUCCCGGGACCGAACCGACUAUGGUUCCUCCGUCUCAUGCGGGAUCUCCGGGAUUCGCGCCACUCAACUCACCCAUACAAACCGCAUACUUUCCCGCUGCUAGCCAGGCAGAUCUUUCUCAGUACCAGGCUGCAUUGUCAACGCAAACCCAGUUGCAAGUUACAAACCGGGCACAGCCGGCACAACCUGUGCAGCUGCAAGCAACGGUGGGGGGUGUACCCCAGCUUAAGCUGCUGCUCCCUAAUUACGAUUCAUACGUCCAGAGAGAAGGUGGCUCAGGACCCCAGAAAUUUAAUUCUGCGGAGCGUUUUCGAUUCCAUAUUAUGCGGGAGGCCAUUGUUGCCAAUGAUUGGUUCUUUGCUGUGCUGCACCAGUUGUAUACACUUGCUUUGGUCAAUGAACGGAUGCUGGCGACCUAUACAAAGGUGGCCGCAAAUAUGCCCGGAAUUGCACUUAUGUCUGAGAUAUUGCACGAUGGUGUCAAACCUAGGCAGAAAUACCUCACGUACCUUUCCACGAUGCCAGUUCCGUUGCCGGAUGCGUUGAAGCAAUUAUCUUACUACCAUAAAUAUGUAGGAUAUGUCGCGAGAUUUAUGGCUGAGGGAUACAAGGUCCGCAGAUUUGCAGUCCUCGUAGUUGGGCAUCACGGUUUAACGGAAGGCUAACGGGUUGAUUCUAGGUAGUGCCCGUCAUGCGGGAUUAUUAUGUUAAACGUGGGGUUGCUCCUAACGUUGAUGUUAUUGAGCAUGGCUGGAAAGUCACUUCUCCUACCAUGUGUACUGUCAUCGCGCGUUAUAUUCAGGGUCACGUCUCGGCAAGUCAAAAUGUUCCUUUGCCAUCCCCAAACCCCCAACCACCACAACCGCCCCAAUCACAGCCCCAGGCGUCACAGCGGCAGCAGCAGCAGCAACGGCAUCAGCAGCAACGGCAUCAGCAGCAGCAACAACAGCAACAGCAACAGCAACAGCAGCAACAACAGCAACACCUACAGCAGCAACAGCAGCUACAGCAACAGCAGCAACAACAGCUACAACAACAGCAGCAACAACAGCAACAGCUACAGCAGCAACAACAUCAACAGCUACAGCAGCAACAACAUCAACAACAGAUAAGGCUUCACCAAAUGCAACAGGCUCGGCAAAACAGCCGAAAUAACCCUAACCUUGUAAUGCCAGGGCAAGUACCUAGUGGAGACCCCUUCCAACUUCUAGCUGAACAACAGAAUCAACAAAUUGCUCUCAACCACUUAGCCCUUUCACGAUCAUCUGGUAAUCCACAGAGCCGCCAACCUCCUCUCCAUGUGGGCCUCGUUGCCGGUGGGGUCGCCCGGGAUCCCACCGUUGCCCUUCAAAACUCCCCAGAUGCUGGUAUGCCCAACCCUCAUCAACAGUUUGGACAACCUGCACCGGCACCCUCCAUGGGCCAGCGCAGGAAUCACCUCAGUGUAGACGUCGAGCGGGCACAGAAGUUGGCUGAAUUAGCAGCAUUAGGUUUUAGACAAGCGGGUUCCCCCGCUUCCGCAACAUCCCCUUUCACUGGGCCCGGGCGACAGCCAUUGGUCGGUCCCCCAGCGGCGCAGCAUUCUCCUAACGUGCCUUCUGCAUCAGCCCAAGGUGUUGAUCGGAGGUCAUCUGUUACUUCACAAGGACGGGCAUCGCGAACUGCGAGGACACAGCAGGGCCAGCCGCAACCACAACAGCUACAACAUCUACAACAAAUUCAAUAUCUUCAACACCUGCAACAGCAACAACAACUGCAGCAACAGCAACAAGAGCAGCAACAUCAAGAGCAGCAACAGCAAGAGCAGCAGCAGCAGCAGCAGCAGCAGCAACAGCAACCACAACAGAAUAUGCUUCGAAUUGCUGCGCAGGUUGUGCAAGAUCAACGCCAGUCUCAGAAUGCACAUCCCAAUAUUCCAGCAGGCGAAUGGAAUGGACUAUUUACGGAUCCCCCUUUUAACCUAGAUUCUCUUGCGAUGCCAUCUCCCUCAAUAUUAUUCCCUUCGACAUUUCCUCCUUUGCCUUCAUCUCAACGCUCUCAUGGGAAUCUUCCCCAGAACGUGCUUCAAUCUCAUUUGGCUACUCCACCUUUCUCGCCACAGCUGUCUUCGGCUACCCUACCUGGAAAGUUGCCGCUCUACAUUAGUUUGACGCAGUUUGCACUUAAGGAUAUUACCCUGAAUUCUCAGAAGACAUCUCAAACGUUCCAUUGGACUAUGGAUGCGGAGGAGGAAUCCAAACUUUCCAAGAAGCGAGCCAGCACGAAGCCCGGUGAGCAAACUACUCGGCCCAUGGUUCGGCCUGGCUCCUUGAUAUACAGACUGAGAUCAGUCAGAGUUACGGACUCUUCGCGAGCCCCGAAAACAGGCGAUGAGUGGGCGGUCCAAGAAACCACUUGGCCUGCCCACAUCUUCAUAGAAGUCAAUAAGCAAGUGGUUGAAGUACGCCGCAAAAUCGCCUGGGGGAAGGAUCUACCAGCGGAUAUAACAAGCUGCGUCCAAGCUGGCAACAACGAGCUAAAGGUCGUCUGUCUGUCCCCGGGGAAGCAGCGAGACUCCCCAACCUUUGUCAUGGCAGUCGAGAUCUACGAAUGCCUUAGUGAGGAAUCGAUAAUAAAGGAUAUCAAGCACAUCCCCCUUUCGAACGCAAAAUCCUUGAUCCUCGGCCGCCUUUCCGGUGCUUCGGAUACCGACGAUAUGGUACUCGUUGAAAGCGACCGUGUCUCCCUGGGUGUCCGUUGCCCACUCAGCUUCACUCUCCUCACCACUCCCGUUCGUGGCGUGACAUGCAAGCAUCUGGAAUGCUUCGAUCUCCGGAACUAUCUCGAAACUCGGCCUCGUCGUAAAGAUCAUGAACCACCCUAUGCCGAUUCCUGGCGGUGCCCGUUAUGUCGUGGGGAUGCCCGUCCAACAGAGUUGGUGGUGGACGACUUCCUGGCGUCUGUAUUGCAAGAGCUCCUACUUUCAGGCUCUACCGACGUGCAGAACAUUUUGGUCAAGCGGGAUGGAAGCUGGGAACCGGUCGGGAAGGAGGAAGAAAAGAAGGACGGUGGGAAGGUGAAUGGCAACGUGGAGAUUAUCUGCCUUGAUGAUUGA